AUGAAGUCCGUCCAGCUUCUCUCUCUCGCUGCUCUUGCGGCCGGUAGCCCCAUUGGCUCUAUCCAAGAGUACACUCGCCUCCUCAAGGCUCGCCAAAGCGACACCAGCUUCACAACCACACAAGCAGAGCUCACCAACUUCUCAUUCUACUCCCAAUAUGCCGGAGCUUCUUACUGCAACUCCGCCACGCCUGCUGGACAGGCCGUCACUUGUGCCGACGACGUCUGCGAUGACGUGAGCGGAAUCGUUGUCAACUCCUUUACCGGCUCCUCAACCGGCAUUGGCGGCUUCGUCGCCGUCGACUCCGCCCACCAGCUCAUCGUCCUCUCCGUCCGCGGCAGCAACAACCUCCGCAACUUCAUCACCGACGUCACCUUUGCCUUCUCCGACUGCUCCUUCGCCGACGGCUGCUCAGUCCACGACGGCUUCAACGACGCCUGGAACGAAAUCGCCGACGCCGCCACCGCCGCCAUCAGCCAGGCCGUCGCCGCCAACCCGGGCUUCAGCAUCGUCACCACCGGCCACUCGCUCGGCGGCGCCGUCGCCACGCUCGCCGCCGCAACUCUGCGCACGCAGGGCUACAGCAUCGACGUCUACACCUACGGCUCUCCCCGCGUGGGCAACGACGUCUUUGCCAACUUCGUCACGGCCCAACCUGGCGGCGAGUUCCGCGUCACGCACGUGGACGACCCCGUCCCCCGUCUGCCUCCCAUCCUGUUCGAGUACCGCCACGUUUCUCCCGAGUUCUGGCUGUCUACUGGUGAUUCCUCCACCAUUGACUACACAAUCUCGCAGAUCGAGGUCUGCACCGGUAUUGCCAACACGGACUGCAAUGCCGGCACGUCGGGACUCGAUGUCUCUGCCCACUCAAACUACUUGGAGCACAUCUCGGGAUGCGCCCCGUCUCCCCUCCAGUUCAAGCGUGAUGAUGGCGACUCGAGCUAUAACCAGACUACCAUUGACAGGAUCAACAAGUGGGCCGAAGAGGACCGAGCUUUGGUUGCUUCUGGCCAGGCAUAA